AUGGCCUACGCUAAGAAACUAGUGGUUUCUCACCUUUCUAUAGGAGGUACAGGAGGUGACAAGGGAAACAACCAGCAUGGUCCUUCCAGAGGGGGCCAGGUUGGGGUGAUUACACCUCAAUUGCACCCGCCCAUAUUCCUCAAGAUUUUAUACGUGCCCACCUCUGCACAGAGGCAGGCGUACCACCAUGCCUCAGAGGCGUACAGGUGGCGCCUUGCAACCUUCUCCCACGUAUUCACCCAAGCCUCUCGUGAGGCUAUCACUGCUGCCACUGACGCCGCCAUGCCGGCCCACUCCGCUGCCACCUCCGCUGCCCCCUCCGCUUCCGCACCUAACAACACUGCUCCUGGUGCUGGCGCUGGUGCUGGCGCUGGUGCUGGUUCUAGUGGCACCUUCCUGACUGCUGCCUCCUCAGACGCCUCCCUGAUCACGUAUGUGAUGGCUCACGAAGGCUCUUUUGCCAGCGCUGCCACCGCAAACACCACCACCACCACUACCGGCAUGACUGCUGGAGGCGGCGUUGGAGGGGGCUGUGAGAAGCAGGAGGCGCAGGGCAGGAAGAAGCACGUGCCUGGACUUCAGUGCGGGAUGCGGGAGGGGGAGCACCUGGUGGCGACGCAUGAGGCCAUGAGGGACAUGUGGCCUGCUGUGGUUGGCAGGCGGCAGGUGGACGUGGCAGGCAGUGGUGCUCCCAGUCCGUGGAGGCUCGUGGCUGAUAAUGUGGAUAGCCUGCACCAGCUGGGGAGUGUGUUCGAGCACCUGGGUAUGACUGAUGAGGCGGAACGGCGCUUCACAGAAGGCCUUCACGUUGCCCGUGCUCUCACUCUCCCACAUGCCCAAGGCAUCUUCUCCUCUUCUCUCAGUCAUCUCAACCGCAAGUGCAUGAACUGGCACAAGGCCGAGCAGCAUCUCUCACAUGCAGCUGCCCUGCUGCGUGCUGCUCCCACCCACCCCUCCCACGCACACCCACUUGCCAAAGCCACCUGCCGAGGCUGCGCUUCCAUAGCUGAGUCGAGCCUCCAGCAGAGGCUCGGGGACCUGGCUUGGCGGAGAGACGACCUGGAGGGUUUGAGGGUGCAAGGGGUGAAGGGCGGGCGCGAGAAUGCUGAGGUGGAGGAGGAGGAGGAGUUGAGCUCUGCAAUAAAGCCAUCAAGGAGGAGGGAGGGCGUGGGUGAUAAGAGAGGGAAAAAUGGUGGCGAUGAAAGGGCGAGUGGUGACGGGUGGGAGGGAGCGGUUGAGCAUUACAGCAGGGCCGAGAAGGCUGUGGGGCAGUUGGUUCCUUGGUAUGGCGAGGUGCGGAGGGCGUUUGAAGGGCAAGUGGAGGGUUUGAUGGGUGAGGGGUGGGAAGGCAGUGAUGGGCUACAGGAGGAGGAGGACGAGGAGAGGGGUGGAUGCUUUGGUGGUGCUGAUGGGGAUAUGGGGGAGGCGCAAGAGGAUGAGAAGGGUGAUGUGCUGCCGUGCAAGCUUCUGCAGAGAUUUGAAGUGGAGGCACACGAGGCGGAGGGAUGCUGUGGGGAUGAGAGGCUGAAGGGUGGUGAUGGAGGGAGUGUGGAGAAAGGCGGGGAUGGUUAUGAUGCUGCAGGGGAGGAGGAUGAGGAGAAGAGUGCAGGGAAGGGGAAGGGAGGGAAGGGUAAGGCCACGGGUAAGGUCAAGGCCAAAGUUAAGGCUCCAGGGAGAAAGGCGUUGGGCGAGAUCAAGAUGAAUGGGGUGAAAGCGGAUGGGACAAAGAAGUCGGGGCAGGACGUGGAUGGAAGCAGUAGAAGUCCGGGGCCGAAAUCGCGGAUGCCAGCUGUUGAGGAGGCACAAGAGGUUGCUGCUGCUUCUGAAGCUGUACAGACGGAUCAAAAGAAGGCACCUGGAAAGGUGCGAGCAAGAGGGAAAGCAGGCGGAAGUGAGAGUGAGAGGGGAGACGGGGAAGUCGAGGAGCGAAAAGGGAAUGGCACACAGAGCAAAGCGGUGGGUAUGGGAAGAAGAGAAAGCAGGGCAAGUGCGACAGGAGGGCGAGGACGCAGUAAUGCAUCUGUCAGGGGUGGGAAUAAAGCAGCUGGUGUAGACAGGGAGGACGAUGAUGUUGUGGAGGUUAUUGAAUCAGACAGUGACGAGGAUAGGAGCGCAGCAGAAGAGGAUGCUGGGGCAAAUCCAGCUCGCAGGAAUUCAAGACAGGGGUUGAAGGCAGGUGCAGGGCGCAGGCAAACAAAGACUGCGGCUGAUGGGAGUGAGGCUGAGGAGACGGGACUGAAGGCAGCAUCAGUUGGAAAGAUGGGGCAUUCUCAGCGGCAAGUGUGGGAGGAGCAGGGGGAGUUUGCGGAGCAAGGGUGGCAGCACCAGGGGGGGAAUGAGGGAGUGGUGGGGAGGUGGGAGGGGCUGAAUGUGGGUACAGUGACGCACUGGCUGCUGCAUGCAGCUGCUCUCUCCUCCGAAGCUCCUCUGCUCUUCCGCAAGGUCGCGCACCUCGUCGCCACCACCUGCGCCACUCCCCUCACCGCCACCCAGCGCAACCACGACCCAUCGCACCCCCUGUCGCUCUCCCAUCACAUUUCCCACCUCCGCGCCCUCUGCUCCUUACCAUGCCACUCUGCUGCUUCUGCGGCUUCUGCUCGUGGGGGCGGUGGUGCUGCUGGUGCUGCUGGUGGUGCGUGUGUGUGUGACCCUGCGCUGCUAGGGGCGCUCUUUCACGCUGCUGCAGUGAGCGCCACAAGCCGCUUGCAGCAUGUGGCACAGCUCAUGGCGCAGCAGGGCAGGCAGGGCGAGGGGAGGGUGGUUACGAGCAGGGAGGCGGAGGGGCGGUUGGAGGACAGGCAUAAGGUGCACGAGAGAAUGCUGGAUGCUCUCAGGUUCCCCGUGUGCCCUCACCCUCGUCACCUCGCCUCCUCCCUCCGUGCCUUCCACCAGCACAUCAGCCGCGUCCCCUCCUCGUUUCCUGUCAUCCACCUGAGUGCUCUCGAGGGCGCCCCACACGCACACGGGGGUUUGGUGCCUGCGUUUCAAGGCAAGGCAGGGAGUACGAGUGUGGGGAGUGGCAGGGUGCGCAAGGAGGCGUCAUGCUUGCUGCUCACUCGCGUUGCUGCUAGCGCUCCGCCUCUGCUGCUGCUUGUACCGUGCACUGCUGCUGCCGCUGCUGCUGCUGCUGCUGCUGCUGCUGCUGCUGCUGCUGCUGCUGCUGCUGCUGCUGCUGCUGCUGCUGCUGCUGCUGCUGCUGCUGCUGCUGCUGCUGCUGCUGCUGCUGCUGCUGCUGCUGCUGUUGCUGCUGCUGCUGCUGCUGCUGCUGCUGCUGCUACUGCUGCUGCUGCUGCUGUUGGUGGUGGUGAUGCUGCUUUCAGUGGAGGGUCUGUGACAGCAGGAGGAGCUGGGCAGGCCGGAUUGGGAGGUGGGAGCGCGUGGGAGGAUGCAGGAGAGGAAAGCUGCGUGGAGGAGGGUCAAGGGAGUGCUAAUGGGCCCAGCAAGAAGGGAGGGAGAGGGCGAGGGAAAGGCAAGGCGGGGAGUAAGGAAGCAGCAGGUGCUGCAGGCGAAGGCAAGGAGGCAGGCAAGAAGGCUGCUGGGAAGGCCGCUGGGAAGGCCGCUGCAGCGAAGGGGAAAGUAGGAAAGGGGAAGAAGGGCAAGCUAGCGGAUGAGGUUUCCUCUCGAUCUUCCUCGCCCUACUCGUCGCCUGUUUCUGGUGCCUCAUCCUGUGAGUCUGAGUCUUCCUGUGUCCGCGACCGGCCUACCAGACACGACCCCACAGCACAGCACAGGACAGCAGCUGCUUCUGCAGCAGUGGCAGCAGCAGCGGCGGCGGCGGCGGUGGCUGGAAGGGUGACAGGUGGAGGGAGGGAAGGUGCAACACCAGCCACAGAUGCAGGGGGGCAGGAGGGGAGGCAGAAGGUGCAGUGGAUUGAAGGGCCGAUGCAACAGACGAGGAGGGAGUUUGAGGCGAUUAUGAAGGAGAGCAGUGCGUCUAUGGCAGCGGGCGCGAGUGCAGCAUCAAAGGAGAGCAAGGCAGCAUGGUGGAAGUGGAGGUUCACGUUGGAUGAGCGCCUGCAGGUUAUGCUGAGAGGUAUGGAGGGGCAGCUGCUGGGGCCGUGGGCGUUUCUGCUUCUAGGACAGCCCAGUGAAGGUGAUGCGGUUGAUGCUGCUGAUGGUGGCUCAGUGGCUGGUGGUGUUUUGUUGGCAGCAGGAAGGGAGCUUGCCCAGGUUGCUGGCGUUAAGGCUGGUGUUGAUAGGGAUGGAGAGGGGUGGGGUGCGGUAGCAGGGUGCGAGAGGGUGAGUGGGGCAACGGAGUGCAGGUGUGAUGACCCUGUGUGCUCGCUGGUUGCUGCACAGCAGUCCCUGCAGCUGCAACGUGCAGCCUUCCUCAUUCACCUGCUGUUCCGUGCUGCUUCUGCUGCUGGGACAACGCACAAGGCUCAUAACACAGCUGCUGCUACCUCGUUGGCUGCAUCCGCAACUGCCUCUGCUGCCCCUGUUGCUGUUUCCUUUUCACUGGAAGAGCUUGCUGCCGCAGCUCACUAG